AUUCAUGACACAGAGAACGUUGUCGCAAACCUGGGCAAAAUGCGCAGAUUUCAUGCUCCAAGUGUCUUACUGGGGUUCCUGACUGUGGGCAUAUCGUUGGUAACCUCUGAAGACCAAGGUUGUCAGCAUGGCUCGGAUGCAUCCACUGCUUUGUGGUCAGCAGCAAAAAGUGGCGACUUCCAGAAGGUUCAAGGAUUGCUCCAGUGUUGUGCAGAUCCAUCAUAUUACUCCAAAACAGGAAGUCGAGCUCUUCACGAAGCUGCUUUCAAUGGACACAUUCCAACCAUUAAACUCCUUUUGAAAUAUGGUGCUGACCCUAAUUCAAAAAAGACCGAUGGUUGGGCACCCAUACAUCUUGCAAUUCGGAAAGAAAUCAAUGCAGUGGCUGUGGUCAAGGAGCUUUUGCAUGGAGGGGCUGAGGUCAACCUGGUGACCAGUGGUCCAAGCUUCACAGUGUACGACAUCGCGCGUAACGUACAGAUGUCGCCAGCAGUGAUGGACUUCCUGAGAGCCAACGGCGGCUUGGCGCUGCAUGAAAUCGCCGCCAAGUCCUCCCGUGAUGCGCGUCCUUACUCCGGUUCUCGACUUCAUCUGGCUGCGCGUUAUGGGGACACCACUGCAGUUCGGGACUUACUCAAAUGUCCAGAAAUGGCAAAGCAGGUGUCAGCUGUGGACUCCGCCGGCGCCAUGCCAAUCCACGAAGCGGCUUUCCGUGGAUUCGCUGACAUUGUUGAGGCGCUGCUGGAGUCCGGGGCGGAUCCAAAUGCGCGGAAAGCUGAUGGAUGGGCGGCGAUUCACUUGGCUGUGCGGCCGCAGAUUCACCCAGUGCCGGUUUUGCUGGCGCUGAUUGAACAUGGCGCUGAUAUUGACUUGAAGACUAAGGAGGGCUUGACAGCCGAGCAAAUGGCGAAGCAGUAUCCGGGAGUCUGCGAGUCCACCAAAACUUUCUUAUCCUUGGAAGGACUGGUAGUCUUGGUAGUCAGUUUGGUAGUCGCCGCUGGUUAA